GUUAGUAUCGUAAAGAAACGGUGUCAGCGUCCUAGUGCAUUUUUUUUUUAAAUCUUUGCCCAAGUCAACCUUACACUGGAAUCUCACGAUCAUCGGAAGUCUUAUUAAAAAAUGGAAAGUACUGAAUUAAACGAAAUGGAAAGUCUUCUACUUAAUGUUGAAAGACCAAUUUUCACCAAUCAAGAAAAAUUCGAUAAUAAUUUUCAAAAAAAUGGACCGUCUGAAAAAAAAAAAGGAAUGUUUGGCCAACUUAAGGCUAGUUGUUGCAGUCAAUGUUCUGCAAUGAAAUCGUCAAAAGAAUUUUGGUUUGGGAUGUUUCCAAUAAUUGGCUGGUUGUCCAAAUAUUCAUUGAAGGACCAGUUGUUGGGGGAUAUCAUUUCAGGAUGCACAGUUGCAGUCAUGCACAUACCACAAGGGAUGGGUUACGCUCUCUUAGGUGGUGUGUCCCCUAUUAUUGGAUUAUACAUGGCUUUUUUUCCUGUUUUAAUUUAUGUGUGCCUUGGAACUUCUCACCAUAUAUCUAUUGGUACCUUUGCUGUUACCUCCUUGAUGACUGGUAAAAUUGUUAGCCAGUAUGGUAGCCGUGAUUAUGCCAACUCUUCAAUAAGUGAACAUUCAUUCAAAAUGGAUAACAUUAGUAGUAACUACUAUACCAACCUUGAAGUGGCAACUGCUGCAUGUUUUAUGGUUGGAAUUUGGCAGACGUUAAUGGGAAUUCUCAGGUUAGGGAUUUUGGGAAUCAUAUUAUCCGACCACCUUGUUAGCGGCUUUACUACCGGUGCUGCCAUCCACGUUCUGGUUUCUCAGACGACAAAUCUGUUGGGAUUAAAAAUCCCUCGCUUUACCGGAUCAUUCCAGCUCAUUCGUUCAACCGUUGCAAUAUGUGGUGCCCUUCCCAAAACUAAUCUUGCAGAAGUUGUCGUCUCUUUCAUUGCUAUUACGAUUAUGGCUGUUCACAACGACUGGCUGAAACCCUGGUAUGGAAAAAAAAUGAAGUUCCCUAUUCCGACAGAGCUCCUUGUUAUCGGAAUUGGAACUGCGGCUUCCUAUUUAGGGAAACUGUCUAGCGACUACGGAAUUAAUAUUCUAAACCAUAUUCCAACUGGAUUUCCCACACCACGGAGCCCACCGUACGAGCUAUUUCCUUCUAUUAUUCAAGACACGAUUCCCGUUGCUAUAGUAGCCUAUGUCAUCAGUUUGUCUAUGGCCAAGAUCUUUGCCCGAAAACGAGGAUACGAAAUAUCAAGCAAUCAGGAGUUGAUCGCUCAGGGAGCAGCAAAUGUAUUUGGCGCUUUUUUCUCUUGUAUGCCAGUCUCAACCUCUCUUUCACGAAGCAUGUUACAAGAAUCUGUCGGAGGUGAAACUCAACUAGCUAGCGUCGUGUCCUGCGCUUUGAUGUUAAUCAUUCUUCUUUGGAUGGGCCCUUUUUUUGAAUCUCUUCCGUUAGCUGUUCUUUCUUCCGUCAUCAUCGUGUCCCUAAAAGGGAUGUUCAUGCAAUUUCGAGAUUUCAUCUCUGCGGUGAAAACUUCACCGCUAGAUUCGAUUGUUUGGAUGUCUACAUUCCUAGCGGUAGUCAUUGUGGACAUCGAUAUCGGUCUCGGUGUCGGAGUCGUGGCCUCAGUUACCGUUUUGAUCUAUCGUGGACAUCGUCCGUAUGCUGCAACUCUAGGUCAUUUGCAAGGAACUGAAAUGCAUGUCGAUGUUGAACUCUAUUCCGCUGCUGUCGAAGCACCUGGUAUCAAGAUUUUCCAUUGGGCUGGCGCGAUUCACUUUGCAAACGGCGAAACUUUUCGGCAUGUCGUAGAUAGUCAACUUGGUGUAAUAAUGAACCCCGACGUUCCAGUAGCGAAUAUUGAGUACCUGAUCCUCGAUUGUUCUGCUUUGUCUUACGUUGAUCUAAGCGGUACAAAAAUCUUAACUACUUUACACAAAGAUUUAAUGAAAAGUAGAGGCAUUACUCUUGUUUUGGCGAAUUGUUCUGAACCCUUGUUGCAACAGCUCGAGCGACAGAAGUAUUUUCAAUCGUUUCCAAAGUCUCAGGUGUAUCCUUCGAUUAUAGAUGCAGUAAUGACAAUCGAAAGUAGUAUUCGAUGCAAAAAUGGAAGUUCUCCCAACUCUGCGGUAGUUACCGUUGAUUAGGGCGCCACGAAAAUGUGACCAUGUAGUAAUCACAUUUUUAUAGAAAUUUAGUAUAAUCAUAUUCAAAGUGGAAUACUUAGAUCGUCUUAUCAUUUAUAUAGUCUAAAUGGGUUGUGCAAUCUGUAGCAAAAAAUGUUUGUUACUAAAAGAUUUCUCAUUAACUACUCGACUAACGGUACAAAAGUAUGUGUAUUCGUAUUUUCUUUGAUGAGUACCGGUAUGUUUAUUUGUUGGAAUGAAGCCCCGGCCUCGCUGUAGCUUAACCAUUAAUGACCAUAGAUAUCUAAAUGAUCUUCGUUGUUCUUUCCGGAAUUGAAUGGAGAAUAAUUGUUCAUAAUUCUACGACAUGUUUUGAAUUUGAAAUCGAGGAAUUGUAAUGGUGAUAAUGACACGAAAAUAACAAUCUCUGUUUCAAGUGA